AUGGGCGGCUCGAUCACCCUUCGAAACCCACAUGGCCUGGAGGUGGUGGUGCUGCUCCGGGGGGCCAUCAUCCAGAGCCUGCGGGUGCCGGACACGGACGGCAAUGUGGAGGACGUGGUGCUGGGAUUCGAUGAGGAGGCGCCAUACAAGGACGGCACCUCGCCCUACAUGGGCGCCCUAGUGGGGCGCGUGGCCAACCGCAUUGCUGGCGCGCAGUUCAGCCUGGAUGGCGAGACGUACCGCCUGGCUGCCAACAACGGCCCCAACUGCCUGCACGGAGGCAAGGUGGGGUACGACAAGGUUGAGUGGGACAUGGAGCCCGCUGACAGCGACGAGGGGCAGGGUGUGCGGCUGAGCUACCGGAGCAAAGACGGCGAGGAGGCGAGGCGCCGCCGCGCCCGCCGCGCCUGCCGCUGCGCCGUGCCGCACGCGCGCCGCCGAGUGGACGAUGUGUCCAUCCCCACCGGGGACAUUGCCCCUGUGCGGGGCACGCCCUUUGACUUCACCUCGCCGCACACGGUGGGGGAGCGGAUCGAGGAUGUGCCAGGCCCCGCCCCUGGCGGCUACGAUCACAACUAUGUGCUGUUUGGGCUGGGGCCGGAUGCCAGGGACAAGCCCCAGCUGGCGGCGACCCUCGUGGAUCCUGAGUCGGGGCGGGGCAUGCACGUGCUCACCACGACGCCGGGGGUGCAGUUCUACUCGGGCAACUCUCUAGAUGGCAGCCUGCGGGGCAAGGGCGGCGCCACCUACAACAAGCACGCGGGGCUGUGCCUGGAGACGCAGGGCUUCCCCAACGCCAUCAACCAGCCCAACUUCCCCUCAGUGGUACUGCGCCCUGGGGAGGAGUACCGCCACGUACUGGUAUACCAGUUCUUCAACAGCACGCAGUGA